UUCAAACGAAAUUGCGAGCAUAGCGAGUCAGACAUAUGCUUAAGCAUACACCUACAUGCUCAGACCGAAUUCGUGUAGUAAGAGGGGUGUGUUCCUUGACCAUGUUUAUUUUGUAUUCUAGGCUGCGAGACACUUGAAUCUCCAUAGUCGCCGAAGUAACGAGAUCCUCUGGCCAAAUCCGCCGCCCCAAAUCACCUUGACAUCUUGCUAUUCUCGGGAUAUUUCGACUCGCUUUCUUUAUUGUCUGUUGUCGACACAUUGUAAGUACCAUCGCCGGCAAUGUAGGCUAACAUUCGCUGAUGAAAAGUAUUGGAUCUCAGAGGAGCGACUCAGAUGAGCAACAAUCACGUUAGGAGGCAGGCAAUCAUUUGGAGCACGGAAACGGAGGGCAGACCGAGAAGAUCAAACAACGACCAUACUGAGGACCCGGAAACGAAGAUCCGCAUAUAGGUCCCUAUGUCUAGGCUUUCUAUGCUUGGGUAAUUAGGGCUUCUAGACGCGAUGUCACAUUCAACAGCAUUAGAAGCCCGACAAUUGGGUAUAUCUAGCUACACCUUGGCCACCCGCUCAAUAGUCGCGGCAAGUACGCUCUCAAGUGGCGCAAUAGCUGCAAUAACGGUGGCUGGUUCCGUUUUCAUCUUCCUGCUCAUGAUUGGGCCCCUCUUGAUUUACCUUUCGAAGCGGCAGGAUCACCACCGAGCGGCCACAAUUCCGGCAUCCAGUCUCCUGUUUGUAGAGCAUGGACAAUUUGUGGAGAAUGGAGAUAUACGUGGGCCACGAAGACUUCGCAAGAAGAUUGUGGCUAGCGACCCUGUAGCAUAUCCUGGGAUAAAGAAUGCUACACCUAUUGGAGCGGGCGGAGACUCAACGAAGCAUUUCAGUUUACCCAGCCUCCCAUCUGUUUUCUCGCGCCCCGGAAGUUGGCGCAUUAGUGGUCCGCUUCCAGCUUGGGAACAUGGAGCUGGUGAUGAUACAAACGGCAACACCUGCGGGAACAAUCAUAGCGCGCCGGGGCGUGUAUCCCCAGAGAAGCACCACGGAUACACCAUCUACCAGAAUCGACGGAAGACAUCCUGGAUCGACGAAGACGCGCUACAUGGCCCGCGAAUAUCGCCGAAGAAGCACACGAAUCGGAAAUCGAGCUGGUUUCAGGGUAAUGAGCUUACAAGGACAUUAAGUCGACAUCUCUCAUUUCGUAGAUUCGGUGCGCCCGAGCUUGCGCGCAGUCCUACGCUACCAUGUAUUGAGACAAACCAAGAGAAGAAAACUAGAGGCUCAAAACAGGAAGAAUCUCUGGCACAUAGAAGGACAAGGAGUACAGAAAACUCAAACAUGCAGCGUGAAGCUGGGACCGCGCCACGUUUCCCGGCCCGUCAACCAGUACAGCAGGGAGGGUCCCUAAGCUUUCAUCCGAGAGCGCAACCCAUAAGAGCUGCUCUUCCGAAUAGCCAAGGCCAUAGUAAUACAGUCAUAAACGCAGCACAGCAACUAGCAGGUCGGGCACGAGUGCCAUCAAUAAGCGUCGGUGUUAACGGGCAAGGAUAUUCGCGCUUCCCCCCAAGCAAUACAGAUGCAGAUCUGCAAGCGAUGCUGCGCAGGACAGCAGAGAAAUUGCAAGACGGAAAUCGAAGUUCAAGGAGACAGACAUUGAUGUUGCCAGUAUCAUCGUCGUCUUCUAGGUGGUCAGAUCAGCCCCAACGAGACCGUGAUCCAGAAUGCGGGUGUACUCGAGACCGCGCGCGGACCGGAGAUGGGACACCGAGUCCAGCAAGAAGCCAAAAGAGCGCCCCUGCGGCAGUGUCGUACUCCGAGCUCGAGGGAUGCAGUCCACGAGCCCAGCGGAGUGCGUUGCAGACAAGCACACCCUGGCAAACACAUAGACGAACCAUUACACAGCACAUACCCCAUAUCUCACCUUUGUCGAUGCGCUCUGAACCUGACAACAUGGCGGAGACUCUUGUAAAAUACAGCCCUAAGCGUGAUAAUUCGUACGGACUUCCUUCUAGCCCAAGCCACAUUAUUCAAACGCCACACUCCUACUCACAGAAAAUGUUGAAUCAGCAGACGUAUUCGCCAGCGAGCGAGAAGUCUUCAGCACUGUCAACUAUAUAUAGCAGAGACGAGAAUAGUCCUCCUAACAGCGCUGAGAAAGCUAACAACAACAUUCUUAGCAAUGAAAAUGAAAUGGAGAGAAGAGCUAUGACUCAAGCGUUGCGGGCAUGUGAUGCCUUUGAUGGCGGGUCGAGGCAGAGAGACAACAAAGUUGGAAACAAUGCGGAGAACCUGGACUACCAGAGAAACUUGAGGAUCAGCUACAACUCUCGGGCCCAUCAUAUAAGAGGGACAUCGUUGGAACAGGCCAUGCGAUAUACUCUGCGGCCGGGUGAAAGCUCUGCUUCAGCGCCACAAGGCGGCAGGAAGCAGCCGAUAGCUGCCAUAUCGCCUAAAAAUAUAUCCAAACUGAAGCUGCAAUCCAUCAAAGUCGGAGCUGAAGACCCUUUCACCACGUAUACGACUCCAACGCGGCAGAUGCCAACGCGACUGUCCCAAGUCUUCUCCCCAGUGCCAGCCGAACUACCUGGUGACACUAUGACGCCCUCCGGAAACGCAACCCAGCCGAUUCCUGAAACCCCGACGCCCUCUCCAUCACAUAGGAGAAUAAUUCCUCCCCCGUAUCAACUACGGCCCGUCACAAGCUCGCCAACACUCGGUCACUCCCCUGAUCCGGAAUUGCAAAUUCAGCCUCCUAGCCGUGAACCGAGUCCCGCGGUGUCAGAGAGCGGCCUAUCGUCAGUAUACGAUAGUUAUCGGUAUAGUCGAUACAGUGAUAGCCUAGAGGGCUCACAGGCAAUGUCACGGAUAAGCGCCACGACAAUGCUCACGGUGCCACCAACUGAGGCGUCGCCCGACGCAAGUCAAUGGGACGAAGACACCGUUCCCUCGUUGGAGAACCGUCAUGACUGCUGCCGGGUAGAGAAUGGUGUAGGCACGCUCCGUUCCACGAAUGUAGGCUUGAACAAUGUCGCGGUUGGAGCUGGUGCCUACACACACUUCGUCGGUGCUCUGAAGUCGUCUGUCGAGGAGAUGGGUCGUAUGAAGAAAAGUUAUACCAUGGCCAACACGCUCCCUCACCCCCAACAACCCCGUCAGAUCAGUCUGGGUAAUGCCAGCAACUCAUCUGGCGAGUCGGCGUAUUCACAAGAUGAGGACAGACAGGAUAGGCUAGGGCCGCUGAUGCCUUUCCAUCCCGCGACGGCGACCAAACACGGUAUGCGGGUCACAAGCGCAGUAGCGGAACUUCGUCGUAUGAACAGUCAGGUAAGCUGCGUUAGCGGAUAUAGCACGGCCACGACGAACAUCGCUGGAGAUGUGAGUCCUACUUUGCCGGCGCUCCGAGGGGGUGGGUUCAGCCCCGGGAAGAAGAGUGCCGGUGGUGGUGCUAAAAACUACCUUUCGCUGGGGAAAAACAGCCCGGUCCGAGGUGAUGGCGGGGCCAAGGACAGUGGCGCGGAUGCAAAAAGGGGUAAUGCUGUGAACGAAAAGAAUGGAAAUGAAUCCAAUGCAACGGUGAUGAUGCCAGGCGGAAUAAGCGAUGCUGUUACACUUCGUAGAGGCGGCCAACAAAGAUCACGUGGCAGUAUGGUCGUGGAGAGAUUCGAGCAGGAUCUCGAUCAUGCACGGCAAGUUCUCCGCGAAAGCCGGGGCUAUAAUUUACAAGCCACCCCGGAAGCGGCUACGAAGAAUAUCCAUGCGCAUAGGUUCAGAACCCAUGGGUCUAAGUUAUCACAGGAAGGAGGGCGGACGAGUGUGAUGGGCUUGGGGUUAUAUGACAACAAGGGAUUUCUGAGGAGCUCGGUGACUAGUAAAGAUAUGACGGAUUACGUAUGAGGAACGGAUCGCAGGUUCAGUUCGUGUAUAUUAUCCUUAUUCCUUCUUUCCUGGCUCCCCAAUUUGGGGAGGGAGUUUGAUCAUCAGUUCGAUGAAUCGUCAACGGUAAAGAUUCAUCAACUGAAUUGUAUUAGCGUAGAACAAUGAGAAGUGCUCAUAAGUGCCGACAGAUGAAAACA